AACGAGCGUCAUAUGAAGUCGCGGCACUCAACAUGGACAAGUUGGACAUGAUGCCGGAGAUAAAGCUCCCUCUGCUUUCGUUGGGACGUGACCGGUAGACUCACUCCCGAACUACACUCGCGUCCUGUCUUUCGCUCGGCGGCGGCGGAGCUCAAUUUCACCCACAAUGGAGCGGGCCAAUGCGGGCAGCCUUCGCAGGCUGGUACCCCUUGUAUCUACUCUGGCCCUGAGCGUCGUGGCGUUUGCAUCCAGCUCGACGGCAGCAUCAUCCACCGGCUUCGCAAGCCCUCCAGCAAACGUGCGGCCCAAGUUCCGCUACUGGCUGCCCGAUGCGGGUGUGUCGGAGGAUGUACUCCGGGCCGACAUUGCCAACAUUUCAGCCGUUGGCGCCGGAGGGCUCGAGUUCAUCCCUUUCUACAUGUAUGGACUUGUGGGCUCGGAGUACGGCCUCGAUUCCUGGGCGGAGGACGGCUAUGGCACACCCAAGUACAAGAGGAUCUUCAAGGUCGCCGCCCAGGCCGUCAAGGACCACGGCCUGGUCAUGGACUUCGCCAUUGGCGCCAACCAGGGUCAGGGAGCCCCCGCUGUUCCCGAAUCUCGGGGUCUCGCAGUCGAGCUUCUGCUCGGAAACACCGCCAUCGGCCCCGGCGAAACCUACACCGGCUCCGUCCCCCCACCGGACGAGGCCGUGCAGGCAUACCUUGAUGGGCUGGGCUUUCAGCACCCCUUGGAGGAAUGGGGCAGCGCGAAUCUAACAGGUGUCAUCGCGGCAAAGGUCAACAAAGUUACGGCUCCUACCGGCACCGGUGGGAUCGAAGGGUACCUCACCCAUGUAGACCUGGACCUGGACUCGGCCAUCGACUUGACGCUCGCCGCGGCCGCCAACGGCUCAUUGAACUUCACACCGCCGGAGCCCAACUCAACCUGGAGGAUAUUCUCCUUUUGGGAGAAGUACACCAACCAGAAGUCAUGUGUGGGCGUUGCGCAGGCCAGCACCGUCAUCGCCAACGGCUCGUGGACCGUCGAUCACUUCAGCGUUGCGGGAGCUAAGAUCACGACGGGCUUCUUUGACCAGCACAUCCUCGAUGACGCUGACGCUGCAAAACUGAUCAAGGCCGUUGGGAACUACGCGUGGGAGGACAGCAUGGAGUUCCUGGCCACCCUGUAUUGGACCCCAGGCCUGCUCGACAGGUUUGAGAAGGGCCGCGGCUACAGCCUCCUCAAGUACCUCCCGGUUCUGUUCCGGCCUGAUAACAACUGGGGUGCCGCCUCGCCCAGCUACGCCGAGAUUUUUACCUCGACCAACUCGACAGCCGUCGACCUCGACUAUCGCCGCACGCUUAACGAGGGCUACCAUGAGUACUUGGCAUACAUUGACGAGUGGGCGAAGAAGACUGGGACGCGGGGGUACUCCGCCCAGCCUGCUUACAACCUGCCCCUGAACAUGCUCUCUGGCGUACCGCUUGUCACAGCGCCUGAGCUGGAAUCGCUCACGUUCGCGGACAACAUCGACGCCUACCGCCAGUUUACGGGGGCAGCGCACCUCUCCGGCCGGAACAUCAUCUCCUCGGAGGCCGGCGCCGUUCAAGUUGCGGCUUACUCGCAGACGGUGCCAGAGAUGCUGGGCAUCAUGACCCGCUCCUACGCCGGCGGCGUCAACCAGGUUGUCGUCCACGGCUUCCCUUACUCCGGGGCUUACUACAGCACGACCUGGCCGGGCUACACGGCAUUCUUUUAUAAGUUCACCGACAUGUGGAACCAGAUCCAGCCCGCCUGGCAGCAUCUCAGAGAUGUCUUUGACUUCAUGGGCCGGACGCAGUGGGUUGUGCAGCAAGGGACCGCAAAGGUGGAUCUGGCGCUCUACCUCGACAAGAUCCCCUGGACCGCCACAACCUCGUACUCGUCGGACAAUCUUCGCAGCGCCGGCUACACCUACGAGUACCUCAGUGCCGACAACCUCGGCGCGACCCAGGCGACCGUGACGCAGGGCAUUCUGGCGGCCGACGGGCCGGCGUACAAAGCCCUCAUUUUUAAAGGCCAGACCACCAUCUCGGUCUCCGGCGCCGAGAAUGUCCUGAGGCUGGCCCGCGCAGGCCUCCCAAUCAUCAUUGUCGGCACCCCUCCGCAAGAGGCCGACUCGGCCACGCCCGGGGCGCAGAGCAGCGUGCGCAGCUUGAUGCAAAAGAUCCUCGCGUCGAAAAACACCCACCAGGUCUCGGACGUCUCGGGCGUCCCCAAGGCGCUCUCGGACCUGGGCCUGACCCCACGGGUCGCCAUCGGUUGUGAGGGCGGCCAGAUCUACCCCGUAUGGAGGAAUGACGCGUCCUCGGGGGUCGACUAUGUCUAUCUGUUCAACCAGGGUGGUUCCGUCAGCAGCUGCCCUUUGACGUUCUCGGUCUCGAAGAACGUGCUGCCUUUUGUGUACGACGCCUGGACGGGGAACAAGACGGCCCUGUUCACCUACGGCCGAAGCUCCGCCGGCCUCACCGCCGAGGUGUCGCUCGCGACGAACCAGACCAUGAUCCUGGCCUUCAAGCCAUCUUCGGCCAGCGGAGGCGUCAAGUGCCCCCUGACGGCGACCAACGGGACGAAACCCAUCUUCAAGAGCGUCACCUCGGGCAUGACCACGGUCGGGCUGUUCGGGCCCACGACGAUCGAAUCGACCAGCGGCAAGCACUGGUCGUUUGACGUGGCGGUCCCGGCACCCACCAACCUCACCAGCUGGAACAUCACCAUCAAGAGUUGGCACUCGGCGUCCAACCGCUCAGCGGUGCAAACCGCCGUCACAACAACAAGCUUCGCCGACCAUUCUUUGGUGGCGUGGAAGCUCCUCGGCGACGGUUAUGAGGCUGUCUCUGGCCUGGGCGUCUACUCCGCCGCCUUCACGGUCCCAGCCGGCGUCCGCAAGGGCAAGCUGGGUGCGAGGCUCCGACUCGGGCCGGUCGAUAACACGGUCCGGGUGUGGGUGGAUGGCAGAGCCCUGCCCCCGGUAGAUAUUACCAACGCCGUGGUUGACAUUGGCGACGCGCUUUGGAGCAAUGCCGCCCCCGGCUCGAGCCACGUCGUGCAGGUGGAAGCGUCGAGCACCUUGUUCAACCGCGUCAAGGCCGACUUGGACACUGUGAUGGUGUUCGGGGCUCCCGCGUCGUAUCUGCAACCGCAGUAUGCCUCUGACGAGUCGAAGGACCACGGCCUGCUGGGUCCCGUGGUGGUGGAAUGGUAUGUCGAGCAGGAACUUGCGGAUAAGGGGAACUGUUGAGAGUUCAUCCGGCGAGCUCCGAACACGGCGCCAGUUGGCUGUGGAAGUUCUACUGAGAAGCUUAAUAACUCAGUUUCUAUCAUGGCAUUCUCGCAAAUAUUCAGCACAUAAUACUCACACAAUGGUUACGUAGAACCCGGAUUGCUCAUAGUAGGCCCCCAAAACUGUGUGCCUGUCUGCUUGCUUUUUCGGGGUUUGUCUUUGGUUCUUUUUCUGAUAGUAGCCUGGAAUUCCUGUCGUCAACUGCAUUAUGAAGCUCUUCCCG